AUGGCGACAGCCCAAAUACGCUGGAUCCUAUUCUGCCGUCCGGAUCUCUUGCCACGAUUUCAUGGGAAAUACCUGGCGGCCCCAGACAAGGCGGGCGCCAAGAAGUCGGGCCGCGAUGAGGCGAAGAAGAAGGUGGUCAUCCAGGACGUGAGCAGCUACAUCCCCUCCAAAGUCUCCUACGGUGAGGAGGAGCUUUCUGAAGAUCUCCUGAACUUCGCAUCCGCGAGCCUCGUGGAUGGUGGAAAGCUGGUCUUUUUGGUGCCCGUGGAUCUAGCGGACUUCCUUGGCAUCGACCGGGCGGCAGUCGAGCAGGACAUCGAAGGCGCGAGGCCCAACUUCCACGACAUUUGCCACCCCAAAGCUGGGCGGAAGAAGGAUCCGAGGCUGUGCGUGUCGGAGACGACACGCGACCCGCUGCUGCUGGAUGAGAGCCGCUACGUUGACUUCAUUCCUCAGCACGUCGCAUUUCGGCUUUUGGGCGCCUCGCUGCAAGUGCUGAGUGGUGGACUGGGCCGCUUGCUGGUCACGAU